UGUAUCUCUUAAAAGACCUCCACAUAAUAACUCACGCACAUAUACAACACCAACACCAAAUUACCUUCGAUCUGGAUGCCAAGAGCCAUGGCCUGGACUUCUAGAUUAAUCACCAUUGCUGUUCUGAUCGCCCUCAUGGGAUGUUUCACUGGUGCACAAGCCAACUAUCGUCGUCCCACUCGUGUUGGCGUGAGCUGCUGUAAGGAAGUGUCAAGAGGAAGAAUCCCUGCUUCAAUUAAACUGAUGGGAUACAAGCAUCAGAAUGCUCUGAGUCCAUGUGUGGAUGCUCUAAUAUUCUACACAGAGAAGGAAAAGUUAUGUUCAGAUCCAAAAGCACCCUGGAUUAAAAACCGUCUGAAUGGUCUGAAGAAGAUAGUGGACUAAGAAAAUGGAGGCCUAUAGCUGCAAGUCUAUCUAUACAGUAUAUGUAAUCAAUCUAUCUAUUAAAACGAGAAUAUAUAUUCUGUAUGUUUAUUUAAGCAAAAAAAAAUAUUAUUUGAUCUUCUUUAUCUUUAUCUUAUGUGAAUGUUAAGAGAUGUUUAAAGACUUUGUUUAAUCUGCUCUAGAAUUAAAAAGCAAUUUUUGAAAAAUAACCAUUAAAAUUGUGCUUCUUUUGACACAAAUAUC